AUGGGUGUCGUAGAAAUCCCAGUAUUGGUACUACUUCCUCUUCCAAUUGGCGUUCUUGUAUUGUAUCUCAUUCUUAUUCUCAUCAAAUUUCUUCGCAGAGUAUGGUGGAAUCCAAUUCAAACUACCAAAAUCUUAUCUUCACAAGAAAUCAAAGGUCCUCCUUACAAAUUCCUCUAUGGAAAUACCAAAGAGAUCCACACAGCAAUGAAAAAAAGCAUGAAACAACGAUGGACAUUGAAUCAGAUAGACUCGAAAGAGAGAUCAGAAAAUCGAUUAUUGAGCUAAUAAAGAAAAGAGAAGAAAAGGCGAAAAAAGGAGAAUUGGAUGGAGGAUAUGGGAAUGACUAUCUUGGAAUGCUAGUGAAAGCAACUCACGAGUCUGACGAAAACAAGAGAAUUUCCGUACAAGAUGUCAUUGAUAGUUGCAAAACUUUCCUCCUUGCUGGUCAUGAAACAACUACUGGUGCACUUACAUGGACAUGUUUACUUCUCGCCAUCCAUACAGAAUGGCAAGAUAAAGCAAGAAAGGAGGUGUUUGAGUUAUUUGGGGACAACAAGCCUAAUCCAUAUGACAAUUCCCUUGGAAAACUGAAGAUAAUGAAUAUGAUCAUUAACGAAACUCUAAGGCAUUACCCACCUACUGUUUCACAUACAAGGAGAGUUGCAAAAGAAGUACACUUGGGAAACAAGUUGAUGCUUCCAGAAAAUAUGCAUGUAAGUGUUUCUACCCUAGCAUUGCAACAUAAUCCAGAUAUAUGGGGAGAAGAUGUUGGUCUUUUCAAACCGGACAGAUUCUCAGAGGGUAUAGCUAAAGCAACAAACAACAACAAUGCAGCAUUUCUACCAUUUGGUUUGGGACCUCGUUUUUGCGUUGGGUCAGACUUUGCUCUUACUGAAAUUAAAAUUGCUCUUUCCAUGAUUCUACAACACUAUCAUUUUACGCUUUCCCCUGCUUACAUUCAUUCCCCAGUGCAACGGCUGACCGUUCGUCCCCAACAUGGACUUCAGAUAUUAUUACAUACUUUGUAGAU